CAAGAUGUCAUCCAUGAUCAACGAAUGCUGUGAUACGCUAGUAGGGAACAUCAAGAGGGCAGAGCAGGAUGGACAACCUAUUGAGUGUAAACGGUUGUACGGUGGUUUUACCAUGGACAGCAUCGCAUGGUGCGGUUUUGGGUUGAAGGUCGACUCCCAGAAAAACAAGAACGAUGAAUUUGUCGUCAACGCCCGUAGGGUAUUUUCGUUUGAACGAAGACCACUGAUGUUACUUGUCAAUUUUCUCCCUUUUUUGAAUCCGAUCUUCGAGUAUUUUGAUGUGGCUUUGAUGCCGGCCAAGGUCGCCCAGUUCUUUUCUUCGGUGACUGAUCAAACUCGUAAGCUUCGCAAAGAGGAAGCACUUAGCAAUGACCGUAAAAAGCAAAUAGAUAUGCUACAGCUUCUUUUGAAUGCUCACAACGAAACUGUUGAAGGCGACGACGAGGAGGCAGGGCCCCAGCUUCAAACACUAAAAGGCUCCAAAAGGCCACUUACCAAUGACGAAGUCACUGCUCAGACUAUACUUUUCUUUCUCGCUGGAUACGAGACCACGAACACUCUUCUGGGCUUUGCCUCGUACCUUCUCGCAAUAAACCAAGACUGUCAAGAGAAGCUCUACUCGGAGAUACUAGACGCGGCCUCAAGCCGCGAUCUAGUCAGCUAUGACACUGUCGGCAAGAUGACUUAUCUAGACAUGGUGAUAAAUGAAUCGUUGCGGUUCUACCCACCUAUUGCAGGAUUCUUUCGCACUUGCAACAAGACCUUUUCUCACAAGGGCAUCACAUUCGAAAAGGGUACCCAGGUCUUGAUCAACAUAUACGCUAUCCACCAUGACGAGAAGUACUGGCCCGACCCAGACAAGUUUGAUCCCGAGAGAUUUAGUCCGGAGAGGAAGGCCUCUAUUCCGCCCAUGGCUUUCAUACCAUUUGGCUACGGUCCUCGCAACUGCAUCGGGAUGCGUCUUGCUUUACUGGAAACCAAAAUGGCGCUGGUGCGCACUCUACAACAAUAUCGCUUGGAUGUCUGCCCGGAGACACAGAUUCCACUCAAACUCAAUGCCGGUCUUUUCACUUCACCGAGGGAAGGCAUCAAACUACGUCCAGUGGCCAGACAGUAACAGCUGAUCAGCGUCAUGCCAUUCACAGUGGAGUCAAUAAUUUGUGUAGUAUUGUGCUUCCCGCCAUAGAAACAGACACUAUCUAUGAUAAUGUCCCAUCAGCAGCGGCGUAUCCAGCUUUUAGUGUGUGUGUGGAGGGGGGGGCAAAUUCAAAAUCGAAUGCGGCUUUGGGUUCAUUCAACAUGAUGUUGGGGCCAACAAUUCAAAAGACAAUACAUCUACUCACGGUACUAACAUCUUUGAUUUUAUUUGCUAGUGUUUUUUCUUAGUUUUUUGGUGCUAAUACUUGAUAGAUAAAUCUGCCGAUUACUUUCUUUUUUUUUCCUUUGCGGGGGGGCAACCUACCCCCCGCGAAGGAUUGAAAAACCUGCUCCCCCGCCGGCCUACCCCUUCAGAAUACGCCACCGCUCAUCAAGUUUCCAUGCAGAUCGGGGAAAUUGGGAUGUGGCUUCAAUUCCUUUGUCUUUUAAACAGUGUGUGGGCGAGCUAGACCGUUUGUGAGGAGCAAGUACUUCAUACUAUGCAAUAUGAUUCAAAAUCCGCUUAGCUAGGGCCACUGCAAUCAUCCUUUUCUCAUCUGAGCAUGCCUUUUUUAAAAAACACUGUGCCUAUUAUUUCAAGAUGGAGUGCCCAAACCUUAUGGUCAUUUUAAUAAUCACAGUGUUGUAUAUGAAAAACAUGUAUGUAAAGUAAUUCAUGACUUUCGGGAGAAUGAUGUAAGUUUAUUAUUUGACAUAUUUUUUAAAAUUUUCUUUUAGAAAUUAGUAGAAUUAGGGUAUCAAUGUAUUAGUAAUACGAUUCUUUUAGAGUGCGCCUCCAGUAGUUUGCAACUCGUUGACCAAUCACAAUGUGCGAAAUCUGUUGACCCUUUCCAAACGCGCACUGGGUCGACAUAUUUCGACGUUGCAAAUUCUUGUAUGCGCUCUAUUGUGAAUCGCCCGUAUUUUGCACACCAUGUAAUGUUGUAUGUAAAUCAACUUAGUUUCACUAUGUGUAUUUUGCGAACGAUUUCUCUAUUUCUUUAUUUCUUAAGAGAACAUUUACUCAGGAAAUGUAGACAGUAUUAUAUUCAAAUUAUAGCUGAGAAAAUAUCUGAAAUAUUUGAAACAAGAG